AUGCUUUCUAUUAGAAGCAGCAAUUCACUUUUACUAGCAAUGUGGCUGUUAGGCCGAGUCGCUGAAGGGUUCCAAUGUUUUGCAUCUAUACCUUCUUCGUUCACAUUUGAUGAUUCAUACCAGUACCAGACGAGUGGAUAUUGUAACGAACAGUGCGCAGGGAAAGGUUACAAGUAUUUUGCACUGAAGAAUAGAAGCGAUUGUUAUUGUGGUAACGAUAACCCAGCCAAUAGCGAGAGUCCUUCGAAUGGAUGUGACGGGCCAUGUCUGGGCUAUCCGUCGGAGAUGUGUGGGGGAACUAAUGCGUUUUCGGUUUACGCGAUUCCGGCAAACGGAGGCUCUGCUGUUGAGGUUUCUGGGUCUUCUUCCUCGUCGUCUGCAUCGAGCACAUCGAGUACGUCCAGCACAUUGUCUAGUAGCUCGACGAGCGCGUCGUCAUCGUCGUCAUCGUCCUCUUCCUCAUCCUCGCCGUCACCCUCAACAACCACGACAACCGCACCAACAAGUUCGUCCAGUCUCAUAUCCCACACCACCGAGUCGGUGGUCUACGUCACCAACGUCCAAACGGAUGGCGGCUCCACUGUCUACGUCACCAGUACGAUAACCACCAGCAAGCAGGGAAUGCCCACUGCAGCCACAGACGUAAGUCAGAGCGAUAAGAGCGGAUCCAAGAAGAAAGCCAACAUCGGCGCAAUAGUCGGCGGCGUCGUCGGCGGAGUCGCCGGAGCCCUGGUGAUAGGCGCCGCCGUGCUGCUGACACUCAGACACAUCAACAAGAAACGCGAACAGGAGAGGAUGGAGAAAGAGUACCAAGAAGCCAUAAAGCCCGUCGAGUACGGCGACAAGUCGGUCCACCACGGCAGCUCGUCGGCCUCUCUAAACAACCUGCCCUCUUCGGGCUCAUUCGAGGACACUACGAGAGUAAUCUCGCACGCAAACCCGUUCGACGACUCAAGACGAAUCAGCAACGGGUCCAUUCUACACGCCCCGAACACCGCAAGCACCAAGAUCCUGACAGUCGUGAACCCCGAUGAGGACUGA